ACAGCUUCUGUGAAGUGCAUCUGUUAGGUGUCUCUUUGGCACGGCCAGUUUCUGUGCCCCAAUGCAGACAACUCCAUUGAUUUCCAGUCAGCAGCUCUUAUUGGUCUGUUGUGGACCUCAGUUUCAAUAGAAAGGCACUGGGGUUUACCAUUUGUUUUCCACAGCCAUGGAGGACCCAGAUCACCGUCAGCAAAAGCUGGAUAAUCAGCGAAGCUUGCUGAUCAAAAAACAACAGAAAAAGAGGUCAGACAUCCAGAUGGUCACAGCCAAUCUUGACGCUAAACCCAAGAACCGUCGACAGAAAGCUGGAAGCGAUGACACGGCCCUGUUAAUCGAGCCAUCUCCAAGCAACACAUCCUUGAAUGACUCUCCAGCUGAGCAGCCUCUUGAUGGCAUGCUCGAAGAGAUCAGCCUGGGAGAACACAACAUGUCCAACCAGACAAACAGGGCCGUCUAUGAGGACACCCCACCAGCCAUUCCCAUCAUCACCAAGACCCUCGCCUUGGACAUUGAGAGCCAAUGCAUCCUGGAACCAGGGAGCCAAGCAGAGAAGAAAACCAAAAAGAAAGGAGUAAAAAAGGCACAAGGAAAAUUGGAGAAAAAUGAUGCAGAGAAUGGAGAGAAGAAGGAAAAGAAAGAGAAGAAACCAGCAAAGAAGAAAGACAAGAAAAAUGAAAAUAAACUGAAGGCAAAGCAGAAUGAGGAGGAGGAACAAACGUCGAUUCAGAUAGACUCAGUGACAGAGUUCCAGAUAGGCAAUGAAAGGAUAUCUGGAUCAGAAGCAGAAGAUGAGAAGAAAGACUGGUCCAAGAGCCCUGUCCCUCCCACUCCCAAGAAAAAGCAAGUGAUAAAGGAACAUUUACAGUUGAGCGACAAUGAAGAAGACGAAGAGUUGGAGAUUGUGAAAUCCCCUAAACUGUCCAAAAAGAAGGAAAAGAGAGACAAGAUCAAUCACAGCAUUGCUUCUCUCAAUUCCAACUACAGGGAGUCUUCUUCUGAGACUGAAUCUACUGGAAGAUCAUCCCCACUGUCUGUGGAAGACCUGGAGCAGUUUGCCUUGCGACCUGCUCCGAGGGACAUGACCAUCCAGUGCAGAAUCACCAGAGACAGGAGAGGUGUGGAGAAGGGAAUCUACCCCACCUACUACCUGCACAUGGAGAAGGAGGAUGGCAAAAGGGUGUUCCUGAUGGCUGGAAGGAAGAGGAAGAGAAGCAAAACAUCAAACUACCUCAUCUCAAUUGACCCUACUGACCUGUCCAGAGACAAAGACAGCUUCAUUGGCAAAUUAAGAUCAAAUGUCUUGGGCACUCGCUUUACAGUUUAUGACAAUGGAGUGAAUCCAGACAAAAAGCCCUUUGUUCAGGAGUGUGAAAAGCUUCGUCAGGAGCUAGUGGCAAUAUGUUAUGAGAAGAAUGUUUUAGGGUUCAAAGGCCCAAGGAAAAUGACUGUGGUCAUCCCAGGGAUGAAAGAAAAUGAUGAGAGAGUCUGCAUUCGGCCAAAAUCUGAGCUGGAGACUCUGCUCACCCGCCAUGAGAAUAGCAACACGGAGAACCUGGUGACCCUGAUCAACAAGUCCCCCAGCUGGAACGAACAAUCUCAGUCAUACGUCCUCAACUUCCACGGGAGGGUUACUCAGGCUUCUGUCAAAAACUUUCAGAUCGUUCACCCCGAUAACGUGGACUACAUUGUCAUGCAAUUUGGGAGAGUGGCCGAAGAUGUAUUCUCAAUGGACUACAGUUUCCCUAUGUGCGCAUUACAGGCCUUUGCCAUUACUCUGUCUUCCUUUGAUGGGAAGUUAGCUUGUGAGUGAAUUGAGCAUUGUAUAGUGAUAAGAAUUCACUACAUCAGUGUUUCCCAACCUUUUUUCCUUGAAGGCCCCCUUGCCUGUGUCUAAGACAAGCCAGGGCCCCCUACCCGAACUCCUACCCGCAUACACACACAAGACAUUGUUUUAUUCAACCAUCGGGAUCCGAGGAUGAAUUACCAAUGCCUAGCCUAGACCUGAGGGUUGGUUACGCAAGUUCAGAGGUCAGAGGUAAUAAAUAGCUACAUUAAUUUAAAUGUGGAACAAAAAUAUAUUUUAAUUUGUAUUAUACAGAGUUUAGAUUAUCCAACUGGGUGUGUUACUGGGAUUUUAUACACAUGCACAAAUGUAUGCACAAAUAUAAUUUUGGUAACCUCACAACCUCAGCCUAGGCAACAUUGUGCAGACCCCCUAUAAUCUCUGGCGUCCCCGGACCCCAGCUUGGGAAGCACUGCACUAAAUGGUUUGAUUGAAGAUGGCUUCGGAAGGGUGCCUCUAUGAAAAUAUUAAAUGUUUGUAGAGGAUUAGCCAUUUUCACUUGUUUUCAAUGCACAGCUUUCACACAGAGUAUUUUAAAAUCUCCUGUAAACUAUUAUUUAUAAAAGAGACUUGAAAGAACUGUCAGUGAAUGUUUUGAAACAUUCACCCAGCCUUCAUGUAUUUGUAGGCUACAUAGGCUAGUUGUCAUUGUGUGGCCAAGCACAACUGAGCUUUUUCCUAAACUUUUUGAGGGCUACAUAGCACAUAAAAAUCUAACAACAAACACUGACAAUCGCAUGUCAUAUCAGCAUUGGCAGA